AUGCCCUCUUAUGCUAAAUUCCUCAAGGACAUCAUUUCCAACAAACACAAGCUAGCGGAGAGUGUGGUGGAAACUUUGAAUGGGCAAUGUAGCGCUAUUUUGAAAUGCACGAUUCCUAAGAAACAAGCUGAUCCUGGUAGUUUUGCUAUCCCACUGAAGUUGGGGAAAGAUGUGUCUGCUGUAGCCCUUUCUGAUUUAGGGGCUAGUGUAAGUGUGAUGCCGUUGACAUUAUGCAAAAAGAUCAAUGGCGAGAUAAAAGCCACUCGGAUGUCUAUACAAUUAGCUGAUCGGUCUGUGAGAUACCCAGUUGCUAUUCUUGAGGACUACCCUGACCAAGUUGGUAAUUACUUCGUGCCCUGCGACUUCGUCAUCAUGGAUAUGGAAGAGGAUGCCCGCACUCCGGUGAUUUUGGGUCGCGACUUUUUAAAGACUACAACAGCCAUUUUUGAUGUGAAGAAUGGGAAGUUAUCACUUGAGAUUUUGGGAGAACAACUGCAUUUCCAUCUCCCCUCAUCCAUGACACAUCCUGCCAUUGGGGAGGCUGUUUAUUGGGUGGAUGGGAUAGUUGAUGCUACUAUAGAAAGGGAGUCCACACCCUCCAUUGUUGAUCCACUUUAUGCAGCUAUUGAGGGCAACUAUAAGAAGGAUAGGGCGGAUGUGAUUGAGAUGGUCCAAGUUUUAGAUGCUGCACCUACAUUUGUUCCUGCAAAAGUUAAGUUUGAGGACACCCGACCUUGGAAGGUGUUCACCAUUGAGCAACGAAAGGAGUGUGCUACGCCUCCUUAG